ACCAGGGUGAGAGUGUUUCUGCCUUGAGAGCUUUUUCACUGGUCUUUACGUGCCAAACCCACAUGCUGCAGUGCUGCGGACCAUGGCCUCUACCCUGCAGAAGUUCAUUCAUUCUCUGGAUCUCAGAGCCCUUCCCAGGGUCCUUCAAAUCCAGUCAGGCAUCUAUUGUCAAGACUCCGUCUAUGAGAUGUUUGGAAAUGAAUUCUCCCUCUCAACAGAAGACGUCAUUAAAGUUAUUGGCUUCAAAAUUAAUAAACUCAUAGCAAGUAUCUGUGAGAAUAAUGAAGUCAGCCAGUUUUCAGCCAAAGUGGAAUUACCACUAAAUUUUCCUGGUCUUUAUAAGGUUGUGGCAGAUAAGACUCCAUAUGUCAGCAUUGAAGAAAUUGCAAGAACAGUCUCUAUUGGGCCAACAAGGUUUGGCCAUCCUUCUUUCUACAGUGCCAAGGAUAUAAAAUUGGAAAAUUUCACUAUCAAACAUGAUGAGCAGAUCACCUUCAACUCAGUGGAAGAGGUCCAUGGGAUGAUGGCUGUGAACUGUGUCAUGGUCAGAAAUAAUCAGUCUUAUUCCUUUACUUUGCCCCUUUCACAAGAAGGAGAAUUCUAUGAGUGUGAAGAUGACCAGAUGUACACCCUAAAAGAGAUUGCAGAAUGGAAAAUCCCUAAGGGUAGAAACCGGAUUGUUAAACUUUCCAAUACUUUACAUAAGUGGGACUCCUCCAGUCCACUUCCUGAGAAUUUUGAUGGCUGUUUGAUUCUCAUGCCUGUCUAUGAGGUGCAGGCAGUAAUGAAAUUUCGAAAGGACAUCAUUCAUAUCCUCUCAGAUCUGGAUGUUGAGGUCAAGGAUGUAACAGACCAUUAUGAUAUUAGCUCUUUCCUUCAGCCACUUUCUUUGGAAGAUAUAUUUGAGAGAACAAGCAAAGAAUUUCCUAUGGUUGCUGAGAUAAUGGAAGGGCCUUCGGGAAACCAAAAACCUUAUAACUUAUUGUCUGCAGGGAAAGAGAUUGUCAUUUACAAAAAGUACCAGGCAGCAAGAGUCCUAGCCUCUGAGAUGAGAAGUGAUUCCUCCAAAAGACAUUAUUUAAUCCCUAUGAGCUACAAAGGAAAGUUCAAGAGAAGACCUCGGGAGUUUCCAACUGCCUAUGACUUAGAGAUAGUGAGAAAUGAAAAAGAACAACUUCAUGUUGUAGCAACUAAAGCCUUUACUUCCCCGCAUAAAGAGUUUUUUUCUGUUUCAGUUGGAGAUCAAUUUCUAGUUCAGCAAUGCCAGACUAGUGAAGUUCUGUAUGAGGGAGGAGAGAAACUCAUAGAUGUUUUAGCUUGUGAGCAAAUACUAAGUGAUUCAUAUAAAAAAGUGCUCCUCCCUAUGUACAUGGAAGGUGGCUUUGUAGAAGUGAUUCAUGACAAGAAACAGUACCACCUCUCUGAGAUUUGCAAAGAAUUCCAUUUGCCUUUUAAUGUCAAAGUGUCCGUGAGGGACCUUUCCAUCGAGAAAGAUGUCUUGGCUGCUGCUCCUGGUCUGCAGUUUGAAGAAGAAAUCACAGACUCUUACUUGCUGAUCAGUAGUUCCAGCAGUCCAGAGGAGAGCUGGGAGAUUCCUGUGUAUCGCUUAAACAUGUUGGUCCAUUUGCUCAGCAAAGAUGUCCAGACACUUACACCACCUGUGACUAGGACAACAGUGGAAGAAGUCAGCAAAGAGGAAUACUAUAUGUUGAGAAGAUAUGAAAACCUAACCCUCCAUCCACCACCCAGGCCUCCCAAAAAGCCAACAACAGCACCACCACCUACUUUUGCAGUGUCUAAGCAAGGUGUGUCUGAUGUACUACAAGCUCCAAAGAAUUUCUACGUAGACACCACCAAGAAAUUGUGCUCAGAUCGAGAUGCUGCUGUUUUGGAAUUGCAAGUUAGUUGUCAAAAUGAUUUGGUGCAUUGUGAGAAUAAGGACAUGACUGGCAAAGCUGCACUAGUGGAAACCACUGUGACUAAAGGCCUAGCAAGAAACUAUGAGGCAGAAGAGGAAGAGGAAGAGGAAGAAGAGCAUGACUACAGCUAUAUUGAUGAAAACAUAAUUGAAAACAUAAGAAAAGUAUUUCAUGGCAGCAGCAUUAGGAAUGACCAUACACUCUCCAAAGGAAGAAGAGACAUCUGAAGGAAAAUAAUUCUGAAAUUAACUGGAAACAAGUAGGAAGCUGUGUCCUUUGCACAUCAAGAUUGACCACAGCUGUAAGAAAAAUCUGCUCAUGAAAGUGUCCUUCUUGACUCAAGGAGAGCAUACAAGGCUGUAAUUUAGCUAUAAUAAUCCCCUGUGAAAUUAAACUGCUUACUUGUCCUAAAUAAGAAGUCAAGCUAGCUAAUGUCUCAUGACCCUUUGAAGGGACAAAACUCUUCUGUACAUAUUUAUUAGUGAAUUCAGAGAACGAUGCCAAGUCCAAUCCUUCAUUCUUAUUGUGCCUGAAAUUCCGGUUAUUUCCUGAACCUCUGUAGGGCGUAUGCAAAAGGAACAUCCUUUACUGAAACAACUGCAUGAUUGCUUCUUUUGGGUUUUGGCUUUGGGGUUUUUUUUGAGAAGGAAAGGGUAAUAAAGGAUUGUCUAAGGUGGACAUACAUUUCUUUAGCCAGUCUUACGUGCUUCAGGUUAAGGAUCAAAACUGGAAAUGGCCAGAUUCUGCCACUUUUUUACAUAAUGAACAAAG